CUUCAUCUGCGACCGAUCCAAAUUGUCUUCUUUGUGGACCAUAUUCGCUUCAGUAUGAGUGACACAAACUCCGCUGCUCAGUCCUCGGGACACAUGGAGGAGUACCUUGACGGGCCUCAAGCCAAAAAACCCUGCAUGCAGGAUACGCCACCCAUUGCUCUGACCCCAGCAGAUGAUGGCAGUGAUUUCUACAAUACACCAUUGAAUGCAGGCUCUCCGGUAGCCAGCGACGACAUCAAAGACAAGGAGGAAGCUAUCGUUAGCCCAACAAGCGAUGUAACAGCGUCUGCCACAUCUCAUCUUCCAAUUCCAGGAUUGAGCCUCGUCAACGAUAAUGUCCAAGAGACUUCCCCAGAGAACCAGCCUAGUCAACCACAGCACACCAGCACCAGUAACGAUCAGACUUCCGCGGCUCCAGCUGAGCCUGUUCUUGCGUUGGAGCAAACUGCCCGAGCCGCCCCCGAAACACAGCCCGAAGCCAUGGAGGUGGAUAAAGAGGCUACGAACGACGCAGCGGCCCACGAACGGGAACAAGAAUCUGCUGCGGGUACCGUUGAAGGGGCCGAGGAGGAACAAGACGAUGAGCAUCCCGAAUGGGAAAUUGACUCCUCUCCCUACGAAUCUUCUUCCGAUGAUUCCUCGACGGAUUCCUCCGACGACAGCGACGAUGACGAAGAUUAUCCGAUCCUGAGCCCGGAAGAACAGGCGCGGAUUCUGAUGCAGGCGGAGUUAGGCUCCGACGAUGAGGGUGAUGGAAAGGGUCGAUCAGGUGGCCAGCUGAAGACGGCAAAUGAGAUGCCCGAAGAGGUUCUGCCCAUCCCUGACAUUACUAUUUCUCCUGAGAUGAAGAUUGUACUCCUCGGCCAGGUCGAAACCAUUGUCGAAAACACCCUUCUGAUCGUGGCCAACACCUCCGGAGAAUAUCAGGUGCUCGAGUCUGGCUCCUUGCUUUGCUUGGAGGACCGUACCAUCGCCGGUGUAGUUGCCGAGACGCUGGGAAGAGUCGAGAACCCGCUCUAUGCGGUGCGCUUUCCCACGGCAGCUGCCAUCGAAGAGCGUGGAAUCACGCAGGGCAAGACUAUAUACUACGUCGAGGCACAUUCUACGUUCGUCUUCACUCAACCUCUCAAGGGGCUUAAGGGAAGUGAUGCUUCGAACUACCAUGACGAGGAAGUUGGUGAGGACGAGGUCGAGUUCUCCGAUGACGAGGCGGAAGCCGAGUACAAGCGCAAGGUGAAGCAGGAGCGCCAGAAGAAUAAGGAAGGCAAGAGUGACUCUGCCAGAGCGAAGCGAGGUCCACCGGGCCCCUCAAAACUCAGCUAUAGCGAAUUGAACUACGACGACUCCCCGGCAGACGAUGGCUAUACGCCCCUUGCCCGCCCGAAGAAUCUGCACGAAAUGAUGCGCCAGCAGGAGGCACCUGUCGAGGCGGAUGGCCCUCCUGGCCACAGCAGGAAUAACUCCGGUUUCCGUGGUGGUCGAGGCCGAGGCCGAGGCUCGGAUCGUGGUCGCGCUGGUCGUAGCCGCGGAGGGGCUGGAGCAGGAUCUCGCGACACUCGCGAGCAUCAUGACCGAUCGUCUUAUCAUCAGCAACAGGCACAGCCUUCGCAACAUCAGCCCCAACCUCAAGCCCAAAAUCAACACGCUGCUUACAUGCAACAAAUGAUGAGUGCUGGCCAACCGUCCAGUGCAUACGGUCAUCCUCAACAGUAUCCCUUCGCUUUCCCACAGCAGCAGCAACAACAACAGCAACAACAGCAACAGCAGCCUUACAGCCAGGGAGCUGUGCCGGCCCCGUUCAAUUUCCAGGUUCCAUUUCAACAGGCCUAUCAACAGCCGAACCCGUACCAGCAGCUUCCGCCUAACAUGCAAAUCAAUCCUUUGCUCAUCGCUGCCCUUCAGCAACAGCAACAAUUACAGCAACAGCAGCAACACGCUCCGGGACAACAACCGCAGGCGCAGGCUCCCACUAUGAACUUUGACCAGGUCAAGGCUCAGUUGGAUUUGCUACGGCAUCUUAGCAACAAUCAGCAGGGUCCGCCCCGGCAAUGAUUGUGUCUUCUUUUCUGUUUGCUAUCUUGCACCUGGAAUACAAAAUUAGAUAUGUGGGGUUGGGUGUAGCUGCGUCUUUAAUUGGGGGCAUUUUCAUGGCAUGGGUAAUCAAAAGUUGUUCUAUACGUUCACCAUUUAACAUGAAGCGUCUUCUGAAUAUGUACAGUGUGCAGACUUG